AUGCCAAAAAAAUCAGGGAUCACAGUUAUAAAAAACGAAAAUGGGGAUGAAAUACAAACAAGAUUAACUACUGGUUGGAGGGUUUGUAUUGAUUAUAGAAAAUUAAAUUCAGUUACUAGAAAAGAUCAUUUUCCCCUACCAUUUACUGAUGAAAUUCUAGAAAAAUUAGCUGAAAAAAACUUUUUUUGUUUUCUAGAUGGAUACUCUAGUUAUAAUCAAAUUUAUAUAAACCCUUUAGAUCAAGAAAAAACAACUUUCACUUGUCCAUUUAGUACUUUUGCUUUUAAACGCAUGCCUUUUGGUCUGUGUAAUGCUCUAACCACAUUUCAAAGAUGUAUAUUGUCUAUUUUUUCUGAUAUGAUUGGAAAAUGCAUGGAGAUUUUUAUGGAUGAUUUUUCUGUUUUUUGCAAAUCUUUUGAUGAAUGCUUAAAUCAUUUACAGCAUGUACUUGAGAAAUGCAUAAAGAAAAAAUUAGUUUUGAGUUGGGAGAAAUCACAUUUUAUGGUUAAAGAGGGAGUUGUGUUGGGUCAUAUUGUGAGUGAAAGGGGUUUAGAGGUGGAUAGAGCAAAAAUUGAUAUUAUAUCUAAAAUGAAACCUCCAAAUUCAGUAAAGUAG